UACUGUGCUCUUAUAGUUGUGUUGCUGUUGAUUAAACCACCCAGCUUCCAUCAUGUCCCUCUUCAUGGAAAUGAAGGAGUUUGGAGAUGCAGCUUCAUUCCUCCGCCUCACCAACCUGGAGCAGCUGGCGGCGAGGACAAUGGCCUUCGACGGUACAAAGCGAGUGUGGAUCCCCGAUGACAAGGAGGCCUACAUAGAGGUGGAGGUUAAAGAGAUCGACGGAGACCAGGCUACCGUGGAAACUAAGGAUGGACAGACCUUGGUGGUUCGGGAGAAUGACAUUCAGCCGAUGAACCCUCCCAAGUUUGACAUGAUGGAGGACAUGGCCAUGCUGACCAACCUCAACGAAGCCUCGGUCCUCUUCAACCUGAGUAGGCGCUACUCCAUGUGGAUGAUCUAUACCUACUCCGGCCUCUUCUGUGUGACAAUGAACCCCUACAAGUGGCUUCCUGUGUAUUCACCUGCUGUUGUUGCCGCCUAUAAAGGGAAGAGGCGCACCGAGGUUCCUCCCCACAUCUACGCCAUAGCUGACAACGCCUACAACGACAUGCUGCGCAAUGGAGAGAAUCAGUCCAUGCUGAUCACAGGAGAGUCCGGUGCUGGCAAAACCGUCAACACCAAACGUGUCAUUCAGUAUUUUGCCAUAGUAGCCGCCCUGGGAGAAGCUGUGAGGAAAGGAGGGACACUAGAGGACCAGAUCAUCGAGGCCAACCCGGCAAUGGAGGCUUUCGGCAACGCCAAGACCCUCAGGAACGACAACUCGUCUCGAUUUGGAAAGUUCAUCCGAAUCCAUUUUGGUCCUACAGGGAAACUGGCAUCGGCUGAUAUUGACAUCUACCUUCUGGAGAAGUCUAGAGUUGUGUUCCAGCAGCCUGGGGAGAGGAGCUAUCACAUCUACUACCAGAUACUGUCUCACCACAAACCAGAGCUUCAGGACAUGCUGCUGAUCACCACCAACCCCUUCGACUACCAUUUCUGCAGUCAAGGAGUCAUCACCGUGGAGAACAUGAAUGAUGGAGAAGAGCUGAUGGCUACUGAUCAUGCCAUGGACACGCUGGGCUUCACCCCCGAGGAGAAAUACGGCUGUUACAAGAUCGUGGGCGCCAUCAUGCACUUUGGGAACAUGAAGUUCAAGAAGAGGCAGAGAGAAGACCAGGCAGAAGCAGAUGGCACGGAGAGUGCAGACAAAGCUUCCUACCUGAUGGGCAUAAACCCAGCUGACCUCAUCAAGGGGCUCCUGCACCCAAGAGUCAAAGUGGGGAAUGAAUACAUUAUUAAGGGCCAGACUGUUGAGCAGGUGAACUACUCUGUGGGAGCCCUGGCGAAGGCUACCUAUGACCGCAUGUUUAAGUGGAUGGUUGGGAGGAUCAACAAGAGUCUGUACACAGCCCUGCCACGCCAGUACUUCAUCGGAGUGCUGGACAUCGCCGGGUUUGAGAUCUUUGAGUUCAAUAAUUUUGAGCAGCUGUGCAUCAACUUCACCAACGAGAAGCUGCAGCAGUAUUUCAACCAUCACAUGUUCAUCCUGGAGCAGGAGGAGUACAAGAGGGAGGGCAUCGAGUGGACCUUCAUAGACUUUGGUUUAGACCUACAGUCCUGCAUAGAUCUCAUUGAAAAGCCCAUGGGCAUACUGUCCAUCUUGGAGGAGGAGUGUAUGUUCCCCAAGGCCACAGAUAUCAGCUUUAGGACCAAACUAUACGACAACCAUGUGGGGAAAUCCCCUAACUUCCUCAAGCCAAAACCAGACAAGAAGCGCAAGUACGAGACCCACUUUGAGCUGGUGCACUACGCUGGAGUGGUUCCAUACAAUAUAAACGGAUGGCUGGACAAGAACAGAGACCCCUUAAACGAGUCUGUGGUGUUAUGCUUCCAGAAGUCUUCCAACAAACUGCUGGCUAGCCUGUUUGAGACCUUCAUCAGCUCAGAUGCAGCGGCUGAUCCCAAGACAGGAACCAAAGAGAGGAGGAAGAAGGGAGCCUCGUUUCAAACUGUUUCUCAGCUACACAAGGAGAAUCUGAAUAAACUUAUGGCCAACCUGCGUAGCACGCAACCCCAUUUUGUGCGCUGUAUCAUCCCCAAUGAGAGUAAGACUCCAGGGGUCAUGGAUCCGAUCCAGGUGCUCCAGCAGUUGAGGUGCAAUGGGGUUCUGGAGGGCAUCCGUAUCUGCAGGAAGGGCUUCCCCAACCGCAUCUUCUAUGCCGAGUUUAAACAAAGGUACCGUAUCCUGAACCCAUCAGCGAUCCCUGAGGACUCGUUUCUGGACAGCAGGAAGGCUGUGGAGAAGCUGCUCGGCUCCUUGGACAUCGACCACAGCCAGUACAAGUUUGGUAGCACUAAGGUGUUCUUCAAGGCAGGUCUCCUGGGCCUGCUGGAGGACAUGCGUGACGAGCGCCUGUCUGAGAUCCUCACCAUGCUGCAGGCCAUCUGCCGCGGCAAGCUCAUGAGGAUGGAGCGCCACAGGAUAUUGAAUCAAAAGGAGGCCCUGAUGGUGAUUCAGUGGAACAUUCGAGCGUUCUACUCAGUGAAGAACUGGCCGUGGAUGAUGCUGUUCUUCAAACUCCGGCCCCUCCUUCGGAGCGCAACGGCCGAGAAGGAGUUGGUUGCCCUGAAGGAGGAGUCGGCCAAGCUGAAGGAGGUCUUAGACAAAUCAGAAGUCAAGCGCAAGGACAUGGAGGAAAAACAGGUGUCUCUAGUCCAGGAGAAGAAUGACCUGGCCCUGCAGCUUCAGGCAGAGCAGGACAACCUGGCCGAUGCAGAGGACCGCUGUGACAUCCUGAUCAAGACCAAGCUGCAGCUGGAGGCCAAGGUGAAGGAGGUGGGAGAGAGGCUGGAGGACGAGGAGGAGAUGACCGCCAGCCUCCUGGCCAAGAAGCGCCAGCUGGAGGACGAGUCGGCCGAUCUGAAGAAGGACGUGGACGACCUGGAGAUCACCCUGGCCAAGGUGGAGAAGGAGAGGCACGGCACGGAGAACAAGGUGAAGAACCUGAUGGGUGAGAUGGCUGUGUUGGAUGAGUCCAUCCUGUCCCUGACCAGAGAGAAGGCGGCACUGCAGGAGGCUCACCAGCAGGCCCUGACUGACCUGCAGUGCCAGGAGGACAAGGUGGCCUCUCUGGCCAAGGCCAAGGCUCGGCUGGAGCAGCACACCGACAAUUUGGAGGGCUCCCUGGAGCAGGAGAAGAGGCUACGGGCAGAUUUGGAACGCUCCAAGCGCAAGCUGGAGGGGGACCUGAAGUUGUCUGUGGAGUCAGUUAUGGACCUGCAAAACGACAAGCAGCAACUGGAGGAGAAACUGAAGAAAAAAGACUUUGAGAUGAGUCAGGCCUUAUCCAAGAUUGAAGAUGAGCAAACCCUUGUAAUUCAUCUGCAGAAAAGGAUCAAAGAAUUACAGACGCGUAUUGAGGAACUGGAGGAGGAGCUGGAAGCGGAGCGCACGUGGCGCAACAAGGCUGAGCGCCAACGGGGGGAGGUGUCCCGCGAGCUGGAGGAGCUGAGCGAGCGCCUGGAGGAGGCGGGCGGGGCCUCGGCCGCCCAGAUCGCCAUCAACAAGAAGCGCGAGGCGGACUUCCUGAAGAUGCGCCGCGACCUGGAGGAGGCGUCGCUCCACCACGAGGCCACGGCCGCCGUGCUCCGGAAGAAACACGCCGACAGCCUGGUGGAGCUCACCGAGCAGCUGGACACCCUGCAGAGGGUCAGGCAGAAGCUGGAGAAGGAGAAGGCCGAGGUCAGGAUGGAGGCCGAAGACCUGACCUCCAACGUGGAGCAGCUGUCUAAAGCCAAGUCCGCCACAGAGAAGAUGUGCCGCGUGUUCGAGGACCAGAUGAACGAGUCCAGAGCGAAGGCGGAGGAGCUGCAGAGACAGCUGAACGACGUCAGCACACAGAGAGCCCGCGCAGUCACGGAGUGCGCUGAGUACGGUCGAAGGCUGGAGGAAAAGGAGGCCCUUAUCAGUCAGCUCCAUCGCACCAAGGUGACCUUCAGCCAGAACACCGAGGAGCUGAAGAAACAGCUGGAAGAGGAAACCAAGACAAGGAAUGCCCUGGCCCACGCAGUUCAGUCCUCCCGCCAUGACUGCAGCCUUCUGAGGGAGCAGUUUGAGGAGGAGCAGGAGGCCAAGGCCGAGCUGCAGCGCGCCCUGUCCAAGGCCAACUCUGAGGUGGCUCAGUGGAGGACCAAGUACGAGACGGACGCCAUCCACAGGACGGAGGAGCUGGAGGAGGCCAAGAAGAAGCUGGCUGUUCGUCUGCAGACCACAGAGGAGGCAGUGGAGGCGUCUAAUGCCAAGUGUUCCUCCCUGGAGAGGACCAAGCUGCGGCUGCAGACGGAGAUGGAGGACCUCAUGGUGGAGCUGGAGCGCUCCAACUCUGCAGCUCUCGCCAUGGACAAGAAACAACGCAACUUUGACAAGGUGUUGUCCGAGUGGAGGCAGAAGUUUGAGGAGUCCCAGGCUGAACUGGAAAGUUCCCAGCGCGAGUCUCGCAGCCUGAGUACCGAGCUGUUCAAGCUGAAGCACUGCUACGAGGAGGCCAUCGACCACCUGGAGACACUACAGCGGGAGAACAAGAACCUGCAAGAGGAGAUAGCAGACCUGACUGAGCAGAUCAGCAACGGUGGGAAGACCAUUCAUGAGCUGGAGAGGAUGAAGAAGAUCCUGGAUGUGGAGAAGAGUGACAUCAAGGCAGCGCUGGAGGAUGCUGAGGGAACUCUUGAACACGAGGAGAGCAAGACUCUACGAGUUCAACUGGAGCUCAGCCAGAUCAAAAUUCACAUUGACAGAAAGAUCGCGGAAAAGGAUGAGGAGAUUGACAACCUUCGACGCAACCACCAGCGUUCCCUGGAGACCAUGCAGACGAGCCUGGAGGCGGAGGUGAGGUCUCGCGGCGAGGCCGUCAGGCUUCGCAAGAAGAUGGAGGGAGACCUGAACGAGAUGGAGGUGCAGCUCAGCCAUGCCAACCGCCAGGUCGCCGAGUCCGUGAAGCUACAGCGCCAUCUCCAGGCUCAGACCAAGGACCUGCAGCUGGAGCUGUCGGAGUGUCUGCACCAGAACGGGGAGCUGAAGGAGCAGUGGGGGCUGACGGAGCGUCGCAACACUCUCCUGGCUGCGGAGGUGGAGGAGCUGCGAGGCCUGCUGGAGCAGACAGACCGCGCCCGCAGAAUGGCUGAACUGGAACUGCAGGAGGCCACAGAGAGAGUCAGCCUGCUGCAUACACAGAACACAGGGUUGGUGAACCAGAAGAAGAAACUGGAAGUUGACGUUGCUACGCUGGCAGGGGAGGUGGAGGAGGUGGGCCAUGAGUGUCGUAACGCUGAGGAGAAAGCCAAGAAAGCCAUCACAGAUGCAGCCAUGAUGGCUGAAGAACUGAAGAAAGAACAGGACACCACCUCCCACCUGGAGAGGAUGAAGAGGAACAUGGAGACGACCGUCAAAGACCUGCAGCUUCGCCUCGAUGAGGCGGAGCAGGUUGCCCUCAAAGGAGGCAAAAAGCAGAUUCAGAAACUGGAGGUCAGGAUCAAGGAGCUGGAGACGGAGCUGCUGUGCGAGCAGAAGAAGAGUGAGGAGUUCCAGAAAGGCGUCCGCAGAUACGAGAGGAAGGUCAAGGAGCUCUCCUACCAGACUGAGGAGGACAGGAAGACUCUGUUGAGGAUGCAGGAGCUGAUUGACAAGCUGCAGACCAAAGUGAAGAGCUACAAGAGGCAGGCCGAGGAGGCGGAGGAGCAGGUGAGCUGCAACAUGACCAAGUACAGGAAGAUCCAAAACGAGCUGGACGAUGCAGAGGAGAGAGUGGAUGUGGCUGAGACCCAGGUCAACAAGCUGAAGAUUCGCACCCGGGAACAGGUCACUAAGGUAGUGACUAGCAUGAUUGUGGAGUGAUUGUAUGAAGAAUUCCUGUGCUGCACUGUCAAUUUACUGCCUUUUGAGAGCCACAGCCUCUGUGUGUGUAUGCGUGGGUGUCCAUUCUGUAUUCAUUUUGCAUGUCCAGUGUGUGUGUGUGUGUGUGUGUUUGUUACAGGCACAUGGCAGGAAAACAGUACCUACUUAUGUCUCUGCACCUAAAUAAAAAGAUGAAAGGUUUUGUGUUUGAU